AUGGAGUGGGACCUGUGGGACUGUUACGAAGCGCAGGACACGUCGAAACUUCGGCGGCCCGCGCGCAUCGUCAGUGCUGACGCCCUGCUGCCCUUGCCGGAGGGCGUGCUGCCGUCGCGUGUAACACUGAAAGGCAUGCGCGGGAUGGUGCAGCACUACUGGAAGGCGCUUCUCACGGAGCAGCAGCGCACUUCCCUCUCGCGGCGGCCGGCUGUGACGCGCACGACGCUCUUCCCCGUUGACAAGGUGGCCGCGUUGUACGUGCUGCGGCACCACCCUGAGUACUGCACACGUGUGCGUGGCUGCGGCAUUGCGGAUGUCUGCGUGCAGCAGCAGCUGUGCCCCGCAGGCGGCAGGAGGCGGCCCUCCACAGCGGCCGAUGAAGAGGUGGGGGGUGACGACGCGCAGGUGACGGAGCAGGCGUGCGAGUAUAUGCCCACACUUGCGAUCAUGCACAAAUGUGGCUCCGUGACAGCCUUUGCGUACGAGGAUUGCUACAAUCCCGUCACGGGCACGCUGAACCGCCCGCAGGUGGUCGAGAGCGACGAGGGGGCGGUGGACACCGCGUGGUGCCCAUCGCCGCCGUCGCGGAAGCGGUCGCUGUCUCCAUGA